UAAUAUUUGUCAAUUAAAAAACAGUGUCAACGAGUACAGUCGCACACGUGUUUUCAAAAGAAUAUUGGUACGAUUAUAAUUUUGAAGAUGCCUAAAAUAAAAAAUUUAGAAAAACUGAAGCAUCCUAACAGUAGGAAAACAAUAUCGCUAGCCAAAAAGAUGUUAAAAAAUGAGAAAAAAAAUAAUAACAAAAUUGGCACUCAUGUUAAACAGAAUUUAAUCGGCGAAAAAAUUUUGUGGUUCAAGGAGAGAAUACCUGAAGGUUGUGUAAUUUUAGACAAGGAACAGACAUUGAAAUUGAUUGAAACCUAUUUGGCGCGUUUUGACGAGGAACUGGAACAGAUAGCGUUGAAAAACUCAAUCGGUCAAAGGAAAAGCCGACAACAUGCGAGCCGUGAAGAUAUUAUAAAUAUAACGAAGAAAAGAGACAUUGACGAGUUUGAAACUUGUGGUUUGGAGAUGCCGGACUUGAUGAAUGCACAGCAAAUGGAAUUGUUAAAAAACUGGAAUGGUGAACUGAGAUAUUUGCAAAAUUUUAAAUUAAAAAGGAUAGCUAGAAAACAUCUUAUAUAGUUUAAUUAAAUGUAUAAUUGUUAUCAUAUUAAAUAUUUGCCUAUAAUUUUAAAAGAAAUUAAAAUAAUUUGUACAGAAAUUAUGG